GUCAGGGUGAUGCUCGUCCACGUGUCAGAGCGAUUUAAAAAGUUUGGGCAGGGAGCGGGGCACGGACACGGCGGGCAGGAACAACAGGGCACCGCGGGCAUGGCGCAGCUCUGCCAGCAGCAGCUUCCUGCGGCCAUCCCCCCGCGCGGCCCGGGCAGCGGCGGGGGGCUGCCGGGGUCCCCGCUUCUCUUGCUUCUCUUCCUCCUCGCAUCCUCCGCGCGUGUCUGCAAAGGUGUUCCGAUGCCAUCCCAAGUGUUGGAGGCAGAGCAGGAACUGCAGCUGUGGAAGGAGAUAGAUGAUGCCUGUUCCACCUACAUGUCCGCAGAUUCUCAGCCUCAGGUGUCCAGUACACUGGAAGAACUUUGUUUUUUGGUCAUGGGAUUUCUCCAGAAGCCACAGGGCUUAGAUGAAAAAGACAACAUGAAAAGGUUCUUAUUUCAUUAUUCUAAGACUCAUGACUCAGGAAACUCAGAUGUCAGGUCGUCUGUCCUGCAUCCUUUGCUGCAACUCGUUCCCCAGCUUAAUGAGAGAAGACUGAAGAGAUACAAAGUGGACGAGGAUCUUCAAGGAGCUGGAGGGAUUCAAAGUAGAGGAUACUUUUUCUUCAGGCCACGUAAUGGGAAGAGAUCAGUGGAUUUUCACUAA